UUGGGCCGGGUUAGUAGCUGAGAGUCUCUUUGACUGCUGGGUAUUUUACACAGAGCUGCUGACCUGCAGAGCUGACUAUCAAGCUCCCGUUUGUACUGUCAGUAUGAGUGAACACCCAGUGUUUCUAGGGGCAGACAUAGUGGAGAAGCAUUUAGCUUAUUCAACUCUGAUCCCGAUGCUGGAAAAAGCUCUGGUUAAUUAUUCUAGAGGAAAGGAAGGAGGUGUUGUGCAGCCCAUCCGAACCAUUGUACCGGUGGCGAAGUACAAGGGAUUCUUAGGGGUGAUGCCGGCAUACAGUACAGAGGACGAUGCCUUAACCACAAGUUGGUAACUUUUCUACGAGUCUAACUCGUCAGACAUUCCCUCGCAUCAAGCAACCGUUCUCCUAUUUGAGCCGUCAAACGGGACUCUGAAAGCUGUAAUUGAUGGCAAAGUCAUUACAGAUAAGAGAACAGCUGCAGUUUCAGUAAUCGCAACAAAGCUCUUGAAACCCUCGCCCGCUGAAGUGCUCGCCAUUCUGGGCUCCGGAGCUCAGGCGCUCAGUCAUUACCAAGCCUUCACACAACAGUUUCUAUUCAAAGAGGUUAGGAUUUGGAGCCGCACAAGGGAAAACGCUGAACAAUUUGCAAAAGCCGUUGAAGGAAAUGUUCGUGUUUGUUCUACAGCCCAAGAAGCAGUGACGGGCGCCAAUGUGAUUAUCACAGCUACAAUGUCUACAGAGCCUGUCCUUUUCGGGGAUUGGGUCAAGCCGGGUGCACACAUUAAUGCUCUUGGUGCUUGCCGGCCAGACUGGAGAGAACUGGAUGAUGCUCUUAUGAAGAAUUGUGUGCUGUAUGUGGACACCAAAGAGGCCAGCCAGAAGGAGUCUGGGGAUAUUGUCUUAUCUGGGGCAUCCAUUUUUGGUGAAAUUGGUGAAAUCCUGAAAGGAACAAAACCUGCUUUUCCGGAUAAGACAACAGUUUUUAAGUCAGUUGGCAUGGCCAUUGAAGACACCGUCUCAGCAAAACUGGUCUAUGACUCUUGGAUAUCAAGUAAAGGAAAUAAAUAAAGGCUAAUGUGCAUUAGUUCUAAGAGUAAUCAUACACAAUGUUUCUAGUGAGCAUAUUUUACAGGCUUUUUUGUCAUUCUGCUUUUUUUUGGUUCUUAUUCUCGUGUAAUCAUAUUUUUACUACAAAUGUUAAACACCAUUGUUGCCUAGUAGCUGUAAUAUGCCAGCAAAUAGCACAUCAAAAUGCUUUUCUAAUAAUAAUAAUGUGUCAGUGACAUGAAUAUGCUGAACAUAUCAUAACGAUACUUUUUUUUUUGACAGUAAUAAACCAUAGAUUUAAUUUAU